UGAUCUUCCAAACAUCAAUCAAAGCUUUACAGUCUUUUUCUUUCUUUCUAUUUAGUUUGAGCAGACAAAAUAACUAAAAGACAAAUGGAUGACAUAUCAGUGAGCAAAAGCAAAUCAAGCAAUCAUGGGAAUGUUGUUGUGCUCAACGUCCAAGAUUCUUCUGUUGCAGACACUUCUAACAAAAAAGAGUCAUCGUUCUCGCCAUUGAUCUCUGUUCAUUUCUUGCAAAAGCUUAUAACAGAACUCGUGGGAACUUAUUACCUGAUAUUUGCGGGUUGUGCCGCUAUUGCUGUGAAUGCUCAACACCACAAUGUUGUGACUCUUGUGGGCAUUGCACUGGUUUGGGGUAUAGUGAUUAUGGUUCUUGUUUACUGUCUCGGCCACAUCUCUGCACAUUUCAAUCCCGCUGUCACUCUUGCCUUAGCAUCUUCC